CGUACAUGGGAUGUGGCGGCGAUUUGGGUCAUAGUACAGGGAAGAGGAGAGAAUAGAACGAAGUCAGAGAGGUAGGCUUGCACUAUAAGAGAGACCGUGAGAAUCGCAAUUCAAAAACCAGCUCACAACUUGCUCAAAGCCUCUCAACAGCUCCAGAGUCCUUCAUUUUCCGCCAGGAUCAUCUUCACUCAUUCGUUCACUAUGCACUCUACUACGCUUAUCUCGGCGCUGCUCGCCAGCACUGCCAGCGCCCUUUCACUCCCACCUCUCAUCCCUCUCAUCCCUGGAGUCACUGAGCCUCUUUCUAAGAACGCUCCUCCUCUCCCAAUUCUUCAAGUUCCGACUCCUCCGUUGCCCAGCCCACCUCAUGAGGUCAACACCAGCAUCAAGCCCAAAAAGAUUGGUUACUUCUGGACCUCUGCUGGUGACAACCAGCACAAGGAUUUUCUUGCCACAUACUCCCUUGAUGACGAUACAUUUGGCACUCUGAUUGCCCUUACCGAUGUUCCGUCCAGUGGUAACUCGCCGCACCAUCUUGGUCCGUCUCUAGAUGGCAAGACUUUGGUCGGUGGUGGUCUGCUAUCGCUGUUGAAGACUCAGGAUACUGCCUACUACUUCGACACCACCAACCCCUACCAGCCCAAGUUCAAGAAGAGCAACCGCGCUCUUCUCUCCUCCAUCACGGAUGAGAUCCGUGCAAAGCCUGAUGGCGGUUUCUUCAUUACCUACAUGGGUUCCGCCGUGGGCACCUCCCCUGGCCGUCUCGUCGAGACCGACGCCGACUUCAACAUCAUCCAUGAGUGGCCCGAGGAUGUCGAGUCGACGCUGAACGUCCUCGGUGAGCAGUUCAGCCCCCACGGUCUCUCCAUCGACUUCGAGAACAACAUUAUCCUCACCUCGGACUUCGUCGUUCCCCUUACUAUCCUCAAGCCCGCUUCCAUCAACGGCAUCCAGAAGGCCAACACUCUCCGUCUUUGGGAGCUCAGCUCGCGCAAGAUCAUCAGCACCAUCACUAUUCCCAACGGCCAGGGCAUCCAGGACGUCAAGUUCAUCCCAGGCAACAAGGAAUCCGCUGCUAUUGCCACUGCUGUCGGCCCCGGUGAAGUCUGGAUCAUCUACCCGUUCCGCAAGAACGCACAGGGUAAGCAGGGUGUCGCAGAGCUGCUCUUCGACCUUGGUCCACGCGCUCGUGACAACCUCGCCAUCUACUCAGACAUCACCGACGACGGCAAAUUCGCCUACUUCACUCUCACCAUCGGCAACCACGUCGCUGCGCUCGACAUCAGCGACCUCAGCAACGUCAAGCGCCUCGACGACCCGAAUGAGAACCAGGGCAUCGUUGGACCCCACUACGUCAAGGUUUCCCCGGACAAGAAGAACCUGCUUGUUACCGAUUACUUUGUUCAGGCAGGCGAUAUCAGCGUUGUCAACACACCUGCCGACUUCAAGGCGCAGUGGAUUGACAUCAACGCGGAUGGAAGUCUUAGCUUCAACCGCAGCAUUGACUUCCUUUCUCAGUUCCCGGAGCGCGGUGGCGGCUGGCCUCAUAGCGCUGUCAUCUUCGAUCUGACUGACCCCAACAAGCCCUACUACUACUAG